CGUCAACUUUCAAGGCAAGCAUUAAACCCUUGACUUUUCCUUCUAUAAUAUUCGCUAUCAAUGAUUUGAACCUUUGAAUACAAGAAGCGGAAUGGAAAUUCAAGACACACAGGCCGUCGGCGAUGGAACAAGUAGACGAACUGGUAAUGCUUGUGUUCCGUGUAGAAGUAGCAAGGUACGAUGUGACGGCAAAUUACCAAGCUGUCAAAGAUGCUUGAAUCGCAGGACGAGAUGUCACUAUGGCGAGCGGAAAGGAAGAGGGCGUGGCAAAAGCAAGCAGUACAUUCAAACACUCGAGCAACGACUAAAGAAUGUUGAAGUUGCACUACAAGUCUCCCCUACAGUCAAUGAAGAUUUAAGUCAGGUUUCUGCAGACCCUCGACACUCUCAUGAGACAUCCAAUUCCCAUGGGACAACAAUGGCCGAUCGAACUCGAUCUCUGCCGUCGAGAUGGCCGGAAGAGAUCACCAGAAACAUAUUUCAGGCUCAGAAGAACAAGAGCAACCUCGAACGAACAGUCUUCGUCCCACUUCCCCCGAAAGAGCACAUUUUACACUUUAUAUCCAGCGCCCUAGAAGACAUGUAUGAAGUACAGUCGCUCUUCAGCACUGACGAUGUUCUGAAGCUUGUCAAUGACCAGUAUUCGGCCGGGUCAUCAAACUGUCACGCCAAUCCUACUCGUUGGGCAACGCUGAACGCUCUUAUUGCCACGGGCAUUCACUGGAAGGCCGACAACAAGGCGAUAGAAGAAUUAUUCCCCGUUUCGUGGGCAUACUUCAAAAAUGCCUUUGCUAUUUUUCCAGAGAUCGUCAUGAACAGUGACGGUAUCGACUCCUGUCAAGCGAUGAUUGCUAUGGCAUUCUUAAUGAGGGGAACCGCCGACGCCCGCGCAUUCACUGUACUGCUAUCCGCGGCUGCACAUGCUAUCCACUGUAUUAGCUUGAACUUGGAAGAUCUUUGUGGAUCGAGUGACUUGAUCGAUAUAGAAAGGCGUAGGCGGUCUUUCUGGACCAUAUACGUGCUCCGAUGCAAUGCGUCGCUCAACUUUGACCUUCCCGCCCCAUCUGAUGAAGUUAGUGUUGAGCUUCCAUCACAGGGCCUCGCAAUAGAUACCAGUUCCAGCACACAUCUACUGAGGCAUAUGUCAACGUUGGCACUGAUUCAGUCGAGAAUAAGUCGAUGCUUUUGCCCUGGCUCAUCGCUCUCGAAGAGCAUUGAUAAAAUGACUCAGGCUCUUGCUGAAUUAGACAAGGACCUCGAAUCAUGGAGGACAGGACUGCCUUCAGAAGUUCAGCCUACAGCAUUGGCCCAAGUGGAUAAUCUGGGCAUCAUACAGCUCCACUUUGCCUACUAUGCUUCUACUUGGAAAAUUUAUACAGCUAUCGGGAAGAUCUUUAAUGUCCCUCUAACGUUGAUCGAACGAGAACAGCCAAAUCUGCAUCUGAGUACGCUUAUCCCCACACAUAGCGCCAGAGCCACGAUUUCUUUGCUUCAAGGUCUGUCCUCACAGCCACUGGCCUCUCUAUGGCAAAUCAUCUGCUACCCCACGUGCGCUGUUCUAAUUCUUUUGACAGCCGUGCUUCAUAAUCCUGCAGAUUCAGAGGUGGCUAUGAACCUCACAUGGAUUGGAAAGUUUGUUGGCUUUCUGAAAAGUUUCCAAGACCAAGAAGGAUGUGAUCUGAAAGGUCUCAUCAGCUUUUGCUCUGAGCUAUACGAUAUUGCAUCCUUCGCCCAGCACAAUCCAGCAGAACAGAAGGAUGAGAAUGAGAAUGAAACAGCAGGGCUGUGGCAACAGUAUACAGAUCUAUGUGUUUGUCUGCAAGGUUCUGAAGACCGCAUGCAACUUGCACAGGGCCUUCUAACCAAUAUGCCGAUACCAUGCGCAAAGGCAAAUAAAGUGUUCUCUGGCAUAUUGACUGAGCCAGGGGAAGAUGGGUUUACAAUGCUUGUGCCACAUAUACUCAAACCAAGUUCAUUUAACUUCUUUGGUAACUUAUAGCUUAACGUUAUAAACAAAAUUGUCACUAUCAAGCAUUACACAAGCAGCACAUCAACACCAGCCAUACUAUCACGACCAGGUCAAUGGCUGGGGAAUGGCAUACCAGCCCAUCCUAUACUCUUCGCCUGUGGACUGUGGCGGAUAUCCGGCUGGCACUACCAUCGCUGUAGGCACAUCACUUCCCAGCAAUAAGAGGUAUGCGUACAUCGAUAUGUAUGCCAG